AUGGCAUCGGGAAGGUCAUCAAUCUAUCAGGAUUUGUCAGAGAUUUAUGAUAAUGUAAUCAAUAAGGAGCAUCCCCGAAAGCUGAUACCGGAGCUAUGCAAACAAUUUUACAACCUCGGAUGGGUGACUGGCACCGGCGGCGGUAUAAGUAUUAAGCUGGACGACGAAAUAUACAUUGCCCCUUCCGGUGUGCAGAAGGAACGAAUUCAACCGGACGACCUUUUCAUACAGAACAUCGAGGGAGACGAUCUACAAACACCCCCCGAUUAUAAAAAGUUGACCAAAAGUCAAUGUACACCGCUGUUUAUGCUUGCUUAUAAAGAGCGUAGUGCUGGAGCUGUUAUACAUACGCACAGUCCCGCAGCAGUAAUGACAACGUUACUCUGGCCGGGUAAAGAGUUCCGUUGCACACAUCUGGAAAUGAUAAAGGGUAUUUAUGAUUACGAGCUGAACCGCAACCUUAUGUAUGACGAAGAACUUGUGGUGCCUAUCAUCGAGAACACGCUGUUUGAGAAGGAUCUGGAAGAAUCGAUGGCGAACGCGUUGCGGGAUUAUCCCGGCACAUCAGCCAUACUCGUACGUCGCCAUGGUGUUUACGUGUGGGGUCACAACUGGCAGAAGGCAAAGACAAUGGCGGAAUGCUACGACUAUCUAUUCUCCCUAGCGGUAGAAAUGCAUAAAGUUGGCCUGGAUGCAAACGCCGUACCGAAACAAUACUAG